AUUCAUUCAUUCACAGUUUAGUUUCAUUUUUUUUUUACUGAGUUAAUAAUCGAAAGCAAUCGAAAGCAUUCAUUCAUUUUUUUCUUACUGUAAGUAUGACGGGGGCAGUGAUGGUUGAGUCCGGCGGUAGCAGCGGCGGUGACUUUCCCGCAAAACUUACGAAACAAGUGAUCGUGUGCAGCAUAAUCGCUGCAUGCGGCGGCCUGAUGUUCGGCUAUGACAUCGGCAUUUCGGGUGGGGUGACAUCGAUGGACGAUUUUUUAAUUAAAUUUUUUCCAAUCGUGUAUGCUAAAAAGCACGAAGUGAAAGAAAAUAACUAUUGCAAAUACGAUAAUCAGUAUUUGCAAUUGUUCACUUCGUCGCUUUAUUUAGCGGCCAUUUUGGCUUCUUUUAUAGCUUCGAUAACUUGUAAGGCUUUCGGGCGAAAGGUGACCAUUCAAGCUGCGUCGGUGUUCUUCGUCACCGGUUCGGUUUUGAAUGCGGCUGCCAAAGAUCUCGGAAUGUUGAUUGCUGGAAGGAUUUGUCUCGGAAUCGGUGUUGGAUUUGGCAAUCAGGCAGUUCCACUAUUUAUAUCUGAAAUUGCACCAACAAGAUAUCGAGGAGCUCUCAACAUCUGUUUUCAAUUAUUAAUUACAGUUGGAAUUUUGUUGGCCAAUUUCGUAAAUUAUGGUACAUCACGAAUCCAUCCAUACGGAUGGAGAAUCUCAUUGGGAGGAGCUGGAGUCCCCGCUCUAAUAUUAUUGGUGGGAUCUUUACUGAUUGUAGAGACCCCAACCAGUCUUAUCGAGCGAGGUCACAUUGAAGAAGGUUUAAAAAUUUUAAGAAAAAUUCGAGGAGUGGAAGAUGUUCAAAAAGAAUAUGAAAUGAUCACACAUGCCACUGAAUUAGCUUCUCAAGAGAAGCAUUCUUAUAGAAAACUAAUGCAUCGUUCCAACAGACCUCAACUUUUGGUAACCGUGGCCCUGCAAAUUUUUCAACAAUUCACAGGAAUUAACGUAAUCAUGUUUUAUGCUCCUGUACUAUUUCAAACCAUCGGUUUCGGGAGUGAUGCAUCCCUUUUGUCAUCGGCAGUCACAGGUAGUGUGAAUGUAGCAUCAACUUUUGUUGCAAAUAUUAUUGUUGAUAAGGCCGGAAGAAAGAGUUUACUGAUUGAAGCAGCUGUUCAAAUGUUCAUUGCACAGUCUAUAAUGGGCGGUAUACUCGCAAAAUAUUUAACAGCUACAAGUACAAUGCCGGAUAAAUACGCAUGGAUAGUAUUAAUCUUAAUUUGUAUUUUUGUAUCUGGAUUUGCAUGGUCAUGGGGUCCUCUUGGAUGGUUGAUUCCAAGUGAAAUAUUCCCAUUGGAGGUUCGAAAUGCAGGAUUCUUCUUUGCGGUGUCCACGAACAUGUUGUUUACUUUUCUUAUCGCUCAAGCUUUCUUAACUAUGUUGUGCCAUAUGCAAUCGGGAAUAUUCUUCUUUUUUGCCGCUUGGGUUCUCGUUAUGUUCUUGUUUGCCAUUUUUCUUCUGCCGGAAACGAAAGGAAUUCCAAUUGAUGAAAUGGUUGACAGGGUAUGGAAGAAGCAUUGGUAUUGGAAGAAAUAUUACAAUGAUGAACAAGCGGCAACAAAAUAAUUUAUUUAGUUUUUUUGUAGUUAACUUAUUUAGUUUUUAGUUUGGUGUUUUUUCUGGAUUGAAUUUUGAAUUUUGAAUUUUUGGAUUAAUUUUGGAAUUUUGGUUCAAUAUUUUAGGAAAACAAUUUUGGUUUAAA